CCCUGCAGCUUUUCUUUCUCUGUGACCCGUCGAGUUGACCACAACAACGAAGUCCACGAGUGGAAGUAAAAAAGGGCCAAUCUCUUGCUUCACCCGGGAGAUAACCACCAGCACACACACUUCAAACAUUUGAAAUUCGUCCUCGUCAUCAUGCACCUGUACCCGAAGCGGGCUCUCCUCGAAGGGGCGGAGCUGGAGAUCUUCAAACUCCUCUACUUCGGCGCCACUCCAGAGCAAUGGGCGGAGUGGCUCCGGGCUCCGCUCGAGCACGCCGCGGCCCGCGGCAAUCUUGGCCUCGUCGAGAGACUGCUCAACGCCGGGGCCAACGGUGGGGCAGGGUGGAGAGGGUGCCGCGGGCGGACAAUGCUCGACGCCGCUGCACUAGGUGGAAACCCGGACGUGGUGGCGACAUUGCUUGCAUCGGGCUGUGCUUCGGAUGUGAACGUGGUGUCGCUGUCGUCGAGGAGGUCCGCCCUGCACGUGGCCUCUGUGUGCGGCCACGAAGCGGCGGCGAAGAAGCUGAUCAUUGCCGGAGCCGACGUUAACAGGGUCGACCCAGGGGAUGCAUGCGUCUCGUUGCAUGUCGCCGUCGAAGGGAGACACGGUGACUUGGUAGACUUGUUACUGAUCGGCGGGGCUUGUCCCAAUUCUCGCACCAUGUCGGGCCGUACCCCGCUACACCUUGCUGCUGCAAGCGGCAACAAUCGUGUUGUGUCCACCCUGCUCGGCAACGCCAUGACCGAUGUCGACGCGCUCGACAGCAGGGGGGUUUCCCCACUUAUGGUGGCGUCUGAAGGAGGCCACUGUUCUACGGUCGAGGCUCUCCUGCGGGCUGGUGCCGACAUGAACCUACGUCAUGCUGGAGGAGCCCAUCUUGGCAUGACGGCAAUGGAUGUAGCGGUAUCAAAAGGACACGUCGGGGUGAUCGAAGCUAUAGUUGAGAACGGUGGAAACGUGAGAGCUACCGACACCUACGGCUUGACUGCUCUACACCACGCCCGCGGGGCACAGGCGGUAGACGUGCUUCUCGAUGCCGGGGCCGACGUGAACGCCAAAGCGUGUCCUGCAUUGCAUGGGUUUACACCUCUCUCCGUGUGCGUCAUGGACAAUAGUUGCGAAGCCGUGGUUGCCCUUUUGAAGCGGGGGGGCAACGUCAACGACACGAACUGCGGUGGUUUGUCCGCGUUGCAUUUGACAUGUGGAAGUCUGUCGCGAGGUAUGGACAGAAUGGUGGACCUCCUGUUGAGGUGGGGGGCGUCGGAAACCGCAGUCAACAAGAACGGUCUAACACCCUCCGACAUCCUUAAAGUGACGACCGCUGAAUACCAUGCACGCGACGCCGGUGGUGAUGGUAGCGCCACACGUUGUGUUGGCGGCAGUGCAACGCGCCAUGACUCGUUGACAAAAGAGAUACAGCGUGCACGAGUGCUGCUGGCGCGUGCUCCGGCGGACAGGACUUGGCGGCGCCGUUGCUGGCUGGUGAUGCUUCGCGCGAGGGCUGAGAGGGGGAGGGGAGCGCCCUCCAGUGGCAGCGGCAGCGAUCGGACAGAGGCAGCGACCGGACGAAAUCUGCCGCGUCACGAAGAGGCGGACGGUGACAACAGUAAAGUGGGGAAAACAGACGCCGGCGCAGUAGGCGAGGGUAGUGGGCCUACGGAUGGCGAAAGGGGUCGUGACGGCAGGGCGACGAGAGGGGCGGCGGCUGGGGAAGGAGGCUUGGUCCCGGCUCUUGUGGGUCUGGAAUCGGAGGAAGUGUUCCGGACGAUCGUUUGCUUUCUGCACUAACAGCUCGCGUGCGACACCGGCGGCGGGCUACAACCUGCGGUAUCCCGUCGAUGUAUGUGUUGGGAUUGAUCCUAGCCCCCCUGGGAUUGUACGUCAUUAAGGCCGAGCGUGAGACACAACUCAACCCUGGCAACUCACCGGUGGAAGGAAAAAGCAAUCGACAAGGGCGGGGCCAAGACGGAAAGCGUCGGAUGAAGGCCGAGAGUCCAGGCGGAAAUGCGGAGGCUGAAUGUUGUGUGUGGUGUUACGUUCUCAUUUGGUCCGCGUUUCGUUGGCAGGGUAGUUGGAGGUUGGAGAUGCCGGUGCGGUUGGUUGCCCGUCCAUGCCGCCUAGAUCGGCAAACAUGCCGAGGGGGCACAUGGUUAUCUGCAGCGAGGUUUCAAGCUUGGUAGAUAUCCGUGAGAGGGAAAACGUCUAUGGUAUUCCUGCUGUUGUACAAGCCUCGUGUGGUAAAUGGGAAGGUGAACCCCGACUGGUGUUCGCGGCGCGGUGUUUUCGAUUGAACAGUUGA